UGGCUCUACAGUUACGAGAUCGAUCUUGAUCGCAAUAUCUUCCACGUGGGUGGGUUUCCGUAUUUUACCUUGGAAUGCCUUCCAGACGAUGAAGUUUUUGUCCAAUCCGUUACCGGAUGCCUUCCAGACGAGAAUUAUGACGAAUCCUUUUCCAAAGAUCAUUACGGUAAUCCAGCUUGCGCAUUAGAGUGCCCCCCCGAGCACAAGUACAAGAAGCCAGCACCACCGACCGUCGACGAUUCUGAGCUCGUGGCGUACCAGUCUUCGAGGUGCACUGGGUCUCAUGUGGCUUUGAGCGACCUGCUCGCCAUCAGUGACAUCCUGUGUCAAAACGAGCAUGUUCGGGUCUCAUUGCUAGAGGUCAUGGUCGGGCAGUGCAUGUGGAACUCAGAGAUGGGAAGAGAAAUAUACGAAAUCGGGAUUCUCAAUGACCGCAAGCAACUCACGGACAAUCAAUGGUCAAUUGCAUGCUUCAUGGCCAGCAUUACAUUUGUUCCCCAGAUGUUUGACGAUAUGAUGUUCGUUUGCCACCACAUGCCGAAAAGAAAGGAGUUCACAUGGGUUCGCGAAGACACUGUUGUUUUCAUCGCAACACAUUUGGACGACAAGAGAUGCCUACAGGCCUCUGUGUCACGCCUGAUCAACGCGAUCUCGGAGCAGAAGAAUAAUCCUGGUUCUUACUUUGGAAUCGCGUUUUCCGUCUUUCAUUGUGUAGUCGUCAAUGUCGUCAAAGACGCACACACGAUGUCAUUCAGCCAUACGGACGCCCUCCAAUUUUUACCAUCAUUCUACGCAGAAACGCCUUCUACGCCGGGCAUCACUGCUCUCGCCCGUCUUGGCCAUCGCAUUGAACCCGCACUCUUCAAGCGUAUCCUAGAAGUUAGCAAGCAUUGGCGACACUUGAGUUAUCUGAAAACAAAGACAUUGCCCGCUCGGGGAGCUGAUGGCAGUGAUGAUGUGCCACCCAACAUCAUCUAUCCACCGCUUCCUCUUGAGCUCUGGCUAGAGAUCGCCCGUUAUCUCCCCCGCUUUGAUCUCAUCACCUUCGGAUUGGUCUCAAAACUAUGCCGAGAAGCAGCGUUGGUGCUACUCCGUUACCCCCAUGUCUUUGGCUAUCGCCUG